CACACGAUAUCGCCUCCUACUGCCUGUCUUCCAUCUUUGAGCAUUUGUUUGGCAAUUUCCAUUAGAACGGUUACUUGAGUAUCUUUUCAGUGUAUUGGAUAAAUUAUCUCAGCUGCUGAGCUCCUGUGAUCAAAUGGACUACAAAGUCCCAACGGUCCCUCUUUUUUUAUGACGAGUUUCCUUUCCCAACGAUUACCGUUCCGCCCCCUCGCUACCUCCCCUUCUCCCAACAGUGUUCACUAUUUGGCCACUUGCAGCCAGAGAUUUUCUCAGCGAGGAGUUUUUUUUUUUACUCCAAGAUUGCUGGCUAAUGUGCAUCUGAAAGGGCUGACUCCAUGCAAUGAAACAGUAACGUAGAAGAUUUACAGUAGAAGAUUCACAGCUGUGAAUAUCUGCAGACAUCCGUGGCUGCAUUACACUCAGCCAUAAGGUGUUGAGGCAACCUCUGCACAGCCUGCCAAGAUGGUGGCCCUGUCGCUGAAGAUCUGUGUCCGCCAGUGCAACGUGGUGAAGACCAUGCAGUUUGAGCCAUCCACAGCAGUCUACGACGCCUGUCGGAUCAUCAGAGAGAGGGUCCCGGAGGCCCAGACCGGCCAAGCCUCUGACUACGGUCUCUUCCUUUCUGAUGAGGACCCCAGGAAAGGCAUCUGGCUGGAGUCAGGGAGAUCUCUGGAUUAUUACAUGCUACGGAAUGGGGAUAUCCUUGAAUACAAAAAGAAACAGAGGCCCUUGAAGAUAAAGAUGCUGGAUGGCGCUGUUAAAACCAUCAUGGUGGACGACUCCAAAACAGUGGGAGAGCUGCUAGUGACGAUCUGCAGUCGUAUAGGAAUCACCAACUACGAGGAGUACUCUUUGAUUCAGGAGGUGAUGGAGGAGAAGAAGGAUGAUGGGAUGGGCACAUUGAAGAAAGACAGAACUCUGCUCCGGGACGAGAGGAAGAUGGAAAAACUCAAAGCUAAGCUUCACACUGACGAUGACUUGAACUGGCUGGACCACAGCAGGACGUUCCGGGAGCAGGGCGUAGAGGAGACAGAGACUCUGCUGCUCAGGAGGAAGUUCUUUUACUCUGAUCAGAAUGUGGACUCCCGUGACCCGGUCCAGCUCAACCUGCUCUACGUCCAGGCACGAGAUGACAUCCUGAAUGGUUCUCACCCUGUGUCCUUCGACAAGGCCUGUGAGUUCGCAGGGAUUCAGGCACAGAUCCAGUUUGGACCACACAUAGAACACAAACACAAGCCGGGAUUCCUAGACCUCAAGGAGUUUCUACCCAAAGAAUAUAUCAAGCAACGAGGGAAUGAAAAGAAAAUAUUUCAGGAUCACAAGAACUGUGGUGAGAUGACCGAGAUUGAAGCUAAAGUGAAAUACGUGAAGCUUGCAAGGUCUCUCCGAACAUAUGGAGUCUCUUUCUUCCUGGUGAAGGAGAAGAUGAAAAGUAAGAAUAAGCUGGUUCCCAGAUUGCUGGGGAUAACCAAAGAGUCAGUGAUGCGUGUGGAGGAGAAGACCAAAGACGUGGUGCAGGAAUGGCCCCUCACCACCGUGAAGAGAUGGGCAGCCUCACCCAAGAGCUUCACCCUGGAUUUUGGGGAGUAUCAGGAGAGUUACUACUCAGUCCAGACCACUGAGGGAGAACAAAUCUCUCAGCUUAUCGCUGGAUACAUUGACAUCAUCCUCAAAAAAAAGCAAAGUAAAGACCGUUUUGGUUUAGAAGGAGAUGAAGAAUCCACCAUGCUGGAAGAAUCGGUCUCCCCAAAGAAGUCCACGAUCCUUCAGCAGCAGUUUAACCGUGUGGGUCGUGUGGAGCACGGCUCUGUGGCCCUGCCAGGUGUCAUCAGGUCUGGGUCUGUAGGGACAGAGUCUCUCAGCAUGGGCACCAUGCCCUCUGCCCAGCAGCAGGUCACCAUGGGACAGAUGCACAGAGGACACAUGCCCCCACUGAGCUCGGCCCAGCAGGCUCUGAUGGGGACCAUUAACACCAGUAUGCAGGCGGUACAACAGGCCCAGACUGACCUGGGAGCAGUGGACAACCUGCCUCCUCUAGGACAAGACAUGGCAUCCAAGGUGUGGAUUCAGAAUAAGGUGGAUGAGUCCAAACAUGAGAUCCACUCCCAGGUGGAUGCCAUUACUGCAGGAACCGCCUCUGUGGUCAACCUCACUGCAGGUGACCCAACAGACACCGACUACACGGCCGUGGGCUGUGCCAUCACCACCAUCUCCUCCAACCUGACAGAGAUGUCCAAGGGUGUGAAGCUGCUGGCCGCCCUGAUAGAAGAUGAUCUGGGCGGGAGCAACGAUCUGAUGGGUGCCGCCAGGAACCUGGCCGGAGCCGUCUCUGAUCUGCUCAAGGCCGUGGAGCCUGCUUCUGGAGAGCCUCGGCAGACCGUGCUGACAGCAGCAGGCAGUAUAGGCCAGGCCAGUGGGGACCUGCUGCGCCAGAUAGGAGAGAACGAGACAGACGAGAGGUUCCAGGAUGUGCUGAUGAACCUGGCUAAAGCGGUGGCCAACGCGGCCGCCAUGAUGGUGCUGAAGGCUAAGAACGUGGCCCAGGUGGCUGAAGACACGGUCUUGCAGAACAGAGUCAUUGCGGCUGCCACCCAGUGUGCCCUGUCCACCUCGCAGCUGGUAGCCUGUGCCAAGGUGGUGAGUCCUACUAUCAGUUCCCCAGUGUGCCAGGAGCAGCUGAUUGAGGCAGGCAAGCUGGUAGACCGCUCCGUGGAGGGCUGCGUCCAGGCCUGUUUGUCUGCCACAGAAGACGGAGAGCUGCUGAAGCAGGUCAGUGCAGCGGCCAGUGUGGUCGGUCAGGCCCUGGGGGACCUGCUGGAGCACGUACGCCACUACGCCUCCCGCGGCGAGCCCAUCGGCCGCUACGAUCAGGCCACUGACACAAUCAUGACUGUCACAGAGAACAUCUUCAGUUCCAUGGGAGACGCAGGGGAGAUGGUUCGGCAGGCUCGGGUCUUGGCUCAGGCCACCUCUGACCUGGUGAAUGCCAUGCGGUCAGAUGCUGAAGCCGAGGUGGAUGUUGACAAUUCUAAGAAGCUACUCGCUGCAGCUAAACUACUGGCAGAUGCCACAGCCAGGAUGGUGGAGGCUGCUAAGGGCGCAGCGGCGUACCCAGAGAAUGAAGACCAGCAGCAGAGACUGAGGGAGGCGGCCGAAGGUUUGCGCGUGGCCACCAACGCUGCAGCCCAGAACGCCAUCAAGAAGAAGCUCAUCAACAGGCUAGAGAAUGCUGCCAAGCAAGCUGCAGCCGCCGCCACUCAGACCAUUGCAGCCUCCCAGAAUGCAGCAGCCUCCAACAAGAACACUGCCGCUCACCAGCAAUUGGUGCAGAGCUGCAAGGCAGUGGCUGACCACAUUCCCCAGCUGGUUCAGGGGGUGAGAGGCAGCCAAGCCCAGCCUGAAGACCUCAGUGUCCAGCUAGCCCUCAUCAUCGCCAGCCAGAACUUUCUACAGCCUGGCAGCAAGAUGGUGACAUCAGCGAAGUCGUCUGUUCCCACGGUGAUGGACCAGGCUGCUGCCAUGCAGUUGGGUCAGUGUGCAAAGAACUUGGCAACCAGCCUGGCAGAGCUCAGGACCGCUGCACAGAAGGCCCAUGAAGCCUGUGGCCCCAUGGAGAUUGACUCAGCUCUCACAGCCGUCCAGACUCUGAAGAGUGAGCUGCAAGACUCCAAGAUGGCUGCCGUUGACCGGCAGCUGAAACCAUUACCUGGAGAAUCAUUGGAGAAGUGUGCUCAGGACCUGGGCAGCAACUCUAAGUCGGUGGGAUCAUCCAUGGCGCAGUUGCUCACCUGUGCUGCACAGGGCAAUGAACACUACACAGGGGUAGCAGCCAGAGAGACAGCCCAGGCUCUGAAAACCUUAGCCCAGGCAGCCAGGGGUGUGGCAGCCUCUACUACCGACCCAUCAUCAGCAGCGGCCAUGUUGGAUUCGGCCCGUGAUGUUAUGGAGGGCUCGGCCAUGCUGAUCCACGAGGCCAAACAGGCCCUGAUCUCCCCCGGCGACGCAGAGAGCCAGCAGAGGCUAGCACAGGUUGCUAAGGCUGUGUCCCACUCGCUGAAUAACUGUGUUAACUGCCUGCCUGGCCAGAAGGAUGUAGACAUGGCCCUCAAGAGCAUCGGAGAGGCCAGCAAAAAACUGCUGGUGGAAACGCUUCCUCCAUCCACCAAGUCUUUCCAGGAGGCCCAAACCGAUCUGAACCAGACGGCAGCAGAUCUGAACCAAUCAGCAGGGGAUGUGGUUCACGCCUCUCGAGGUUCGAGCGGCCAGCUUGCAGAUGCGUCUGGGAAGUUCAGCGAAGACUUCGAUGAGUUCUUGGACGCCGGAAUCGAGAUGGCCGGACACACCCAGAGGAAGGAUGACCAGAUCCAGGUGAUAGGGAACCUAAAGAACAUCUCCAUGGCUUCCAGCAAGCUGCUCCUGGCAGCCAAGUCUCUGUCUGUAGACCCUGGUGCUGCUAAUGCCAAGAACCUGCUGGCUGCUGCAGCGAGAGCGGUGACAGAGAGCAUUAACCAGCUAAUCACGCUGGCCACACAGCAGGCCCCGGGACAGAAGGAGUGUGACAAUGCCCUCAGAGAGCUGGAGGCAGUGAAAGGAAUGCUGGACAACCCCAACGAGCCAGUCAGUGAUCUCUCUUACUUUGACUGCAUCGAGAGCGUCAUGGAGAACUCCAAGGUCCUGGGAGAAUCCAUGGCCGGCAUUUCUCAGAACUGUAAGACGGGGGAUGUGCUGUCGUUUGGUGACUGCGUGGGAGUGGCCUCCAAAGCCCUGUGUGGCCUGACUGAGGCCGCAGGACAGGCCUCCUACCUGGUGGGCGUGUCUGACCCCAACAGCCAGGCAGGGCAUCAGGGUUUGGUUGACCCCAUCCAGUUUGCACGAGCCAAUCAGGCAAUCCAGACAGCCUGUCAGAACCUUGUGGAUCCAAACAGCAGCCCCUCACAGGUACUAUCAUCCGCCACCAUUGUAGCGAAGCACACAUCAGCUCUGUGCAACGCCUGUCGUCUGGCCUCCUCCAAGACAGCCAAUCCUACAGCCAAGAGGCACUUUGUUCAGUCUGCCAAAGAAGUGGCCAACAGCACAGCCAACCUGGUCAAAACUAUAAAGGCUCUGGAUGGUGAUUUCUCUGAGGAGAACAGGAACAAGUGUCGUGUGGCCACGGCUCCUCUAAUAGAGGCUGUGGAGAACCUCACAGCGUUUGCUUCUAAUCCAGAGUUUGCCAGCAUCCCUGCUAAAAUCAGCCAUGAGGGCACUGCUGCACAGGAGCCCAUCCUCCUUUCAACUCGCUCCAUGUUGGACAGUUCCACACACCUGCUGAAGACUGCUCGUUCAUUGGUCAUCAACCCCAAAGACCCACCCACCUGGUCGGUCCUGGCGAGCCAUUCCCGGACAGUGUCCGACUCUAUCAAAGGUCUCAUUACAGCUAUUAGGGACAAGGCUCCAGGCCAAAGGGAGUGUGACUACUCCAUAGAUAACAUCAACAGAUGUAUCCGGGACAUAGAGCAGGCUUCGCUAGCUGCAGUCAGCCAGAACCUUGCCAGCAGGGAUGACAUCUCGCUGGAGGCUUUGCAAGAGCAGCUGACAUCCACAGUACAAGAAAUUGGCCACCUGAUCGACCCCAUCUCUACAGCCGCCAGGGGUCAGGCUGCCGAGCUGGGACACAAGGUGACUCAGCUGGCUGGCUACUUUGAGCCUCUGAUUGUGGCGUCUGUGGGUGUGGCCUCCAAGCUGCAGGACCACCAGCAGCAGAUGACCUUCCUGGACCAGACUAAAACCCUGGCAGAAUCUGCCCUGCAGAUGCUCUAUGCCGCUAAAGAGGGUGGCGGGAACCCCAAGGCCUCCCAUACCCACGAUGCCAUAGCAGAGGCUGCCCAGCUGAUGACGGAGGCUGUGGAUGACAUCAUGGUGACCCUGAAUGAGGCUGCCAGCGAGGGGGGAAUGGUAGGGGGCAUGGUGGAUUCAAUUGCAGCGGCCAUGGGCAGGCUGGAUGAGGGAACUACUCCAGAACCAGAGGGCUCAUUUGUUGACUACCAGACCACCAUGGUGAAGUUCUCCAAAGCCAUUGCUGUCACUGCUCAGGAAAUGAUGACCAAGUCGGUGACUUGUCCUGAGGAGCUGGGGGGGCUGGCCUCCCAGGUGACCACGGACUACAGCCAGUUAGCGCUCCAGGGACGCCUAGCUGCGCACACUGCUGAACCCCCCGAGAUUGGUUUUCAGAUCAAGACGCGUGUCCAGGACCUGGGUCAUAGCUGUAUCUUCCUGGUGCAGAAGGCUGGAGCCCUGCAGAUCACCCCCUCUGACGGCUACACAAAGAGAGAGCUUGUUGUUUGUGCCCGUGCCGUCACUGAGAAGGUGUCCAUGGUGCUAUCGGCUCUACAGGCAGGUAAUAAGGGCACCCAGGCCUGCAUCACAGCUGCCAGUGCGGUAUCUGGCAUCAUCGCUGACCUGGACACCACCAUCAUGUUUGCCUCCGCUGGCACACUUAACGCAGAGAAUGACGAGUCCUUCGCUGAUCACAGGGAAAACAUCCUGAAGACAGCAAAGGCUCUGGUGGAGGACACUAAAAUGUUGGUUUCUGGAGCAGCAUCCGGUCAGGAUAGACUGGCCCAGGCUGCUCAGUCCUCAGCGAAGACCAUCACGCAGCUCACUGACGUGGUCAAACUGGGUGCCGCCAGCAUCGGCUCUGAUGACCCAGAGACUCAGGUGGUUCUGAUCAACGCAGUGAAAGAUGUAGCCAAGGCCCUGGCUGAGCUAAUAGGAGCCACUAAAUGUGCUGCCGGCAAGACUGCAGACGACCCAUCCAUGUACCAGCUGAAGAGUGCUGCCAAGGUGAUGGUGACCAAUGUGACGUCCCUGCUGAAGACUGUGAAGGCUGUGGAGGACGAGGCUACGCGGGGGACCAGGGCCCUGGAGGCCACCAUCGAAUGUAUCAAACAGGAGCUCACAGUGUUCCAGUCUAAAGACGUCCCGGAGAGGUCCACCACGCCUGAGGAGUUCAUCCGCAUGACUAAGGGCAUCACCACGGCAACAGCCAAAGCCGUGGCAGCUGGGAACUCCGCCCGACAGGAGGAUGUCAUAGCCACCGCUAAUCUGAGUCGCAAGGCCAUCUUCGACAUGCUCACCACAUGCAAGCAAGCAGCCUAUCACCAGGAGGUGAAUGAGGACGUACGAAGCAGAGCGCUGCUCUAUGGGGCAGAAUGUACCACAGGUUACAUCAGCUUGCUUGAACAUGUCCUACUGGUUCUUCAAAGGCCAACCUCAGAGCAGAAGCAGCAGUUGGCAGCCUACUCUAAGCGUGUAGCUGGGGCUGUUACUGAACUCAUCCAGGCUGCCGAGGCCAUGAAAGACGGGGGCACUGAGUGGGUGGACCCAGAGGACCCCACAGUGAUAGCAGAGACUGAACUGUUGGGGGCGGCGGCGUCUAUCGAAGCAGCGGCUAAAAAACUGGAGCAGUUGAAACCAAGAGCCAAGCCCAAGCAAGCCGACGAGACACUGGACUUUGAGGAGCAGAUCCUGGAGGCAGCCAAGUCCAUCGCUGCUGCCACAAGUGCCCUGGUCAAGUCUGCUUCAGCUGCCCAGAGGGAGCUGGUGGCUCAGGGCAAAGUUGGCUCUAUCCCAGCAAACGCUGUGGAUGAUGGCCAGUGGUCCCAGGGCCUUAUCUCAGCGGCCAGGAUGGUUGCAGCAGCUACUAGUAACCUGUGUGAGGCAGCUAACGCCUCUGUCCAGGGCCACGCCAGCGAGGAGAAGCUCAUCUCAUCCGCCAAACAGGUGGCGGCCUCCACUGCCCAGCUGUUGGUGGCCUGCAAGGUCAAGGCUGAUCAGGACUCCGAGGCCAUGAGGAGGCUACAGGCUGCUGGGAAUGCAGUGAAGAGGGCGUCAGACAACUUGGUGCGCGCAGCCCAGAAAGCGGCAUUCGACAAGGCAGACGAUGACCGCGUGGUGGUCAAGACCAAGUUUGUGGGAGGAAUCGCUCAGAUCAUAGCAGCCCAGGAGGAGAUGCUGAGGAAGGAGAGGGAGCUGGAGGAGGCCAGGAAGAAGUUGGCUCAGAUCAGACAGCAGCAGUACAAGUUCUUACCCAGCGAACUACGGAAGGAUGACAACUGAGCUCUGCCUUACUGCUGCCGUGUGUUUGUGCGUGCAUGCACGGUAUCUAUAUGUUCCACACACACAAGUGGCCGUAUGAAUUGACUUUCUCAGUGUGAAACAUGGCAAAGUUGGCCUUUCAAUAUACCCAGUGGGGUCCAUCCUACAUCAUCGGAAGUUGUGGUCUUCAACUACCAACAAUGAUCUCCUACCACUACACCAGGACCUGGCUGCUUUCAGUUUAACUGACAUGCAUUGCAUGUCAGUUACUGCGAACCGAAUAGCAUUAUAAGGAAAGCAUUAGUAGCGGCUCAGCCAGCAAUGUAUCCUGAUGGGACUUUCCAAAAACGUUGAAUGACUAUCUAUAGAUCUAUUGACUAUAUGUCCUUAUCAGUGUUAACAUUGAAUCUCUACAUGAAGAGGAUUUCAAAUUAUUUUACGGGGUUGCAUGGAGGUAGACAGAAUGGGAUGUUUGGUGCAUAGAGUACAGUAGACAUUUAGCACGCACACUCAUCGCUAUCAUUUCCCUUUUAUGAGCCAAUUGAUAAAUUACAGCAUUUAAUAGGUAAAACUUGCAUUUAACGUCACAUGUAUUGCACAUUUGGAGACUAAUAGCUCCUUGUGGUCAAUAUCUUGCCUUCUUGUCAAACAACAGAUAUGACAGUUGCGGUAUUUGGACCAUACUAAAUAAAAGAAAAAGCUUAUACAAAAUGUAUGGAUGUACACUAGUGACCAUUUCUAUUGGAAUGACUGCUUUGUCUUGCAAAUACAUUUUAGUCCUCCUAUACAGUGCAUGUGUUCUAGACACUAAGUAACCCUCCUGUUUUUAGACAAUAAUCAAGUGUUAUUAAACCCUUGGUUAGGGACCCCUUUACGACAACCAAACCUCUUAUAAUGCAUUAUAAUGUAUAAUGCUAUUCAGCGAUGUGGAGGUUGAGUUACUACAGAAGGAGUAACAUCUUUAGCAAGUUAUGUUCCUCUGACAAUUACAAUAAGCUUAAGUUUCAUGGCUCCUACAAAUACGUCUCUUCUAAAGCUGUCUCAGCUGUACUGGACCAAGGUGAGUCAGUUAAAAGACUUCCCUAUACAGUUCUCACUAACAUCUGUUCCCACUACAGCUGGAACAGAUGUUACAAUAUUUAAACCAUGCUGUAGGGUGCAGUGUAGCGGUCUUAGCUGCAUGGGGUGCGAUUUUAUAAUGCUCUAUCUCUUGCUCUGUUCCAAUCUGCUACACUAGGUACUUAAGAGGCCCCUAACUUCUGAAAGGUUUACAUAUACUGUAAGCAGAAAUUUGAAUGUAGGAAACAACGGCUCUUAUUGACCAUUUGAUUGAAGGGGGGAGUGUUUUAAUUGAAAAACCCAGGCAAACGGUAGUUGAAAAUUGUGUAAUUUCUCUACAACUCCUAAACCAACUUGCAAACUGAUUGCGGUAGUAUUGUAACACCUUAGACCUUUUGAAUGAAUGCAAAGCGGUACCUCUGACUACGCACAAUGUGCUGUGCUUCUUAUGGUUUCCCCUCCCUGUUGUGUCACAUGGAGGGAGUCCCCAUUGCCUUCACAGGGCUCUGCUGAAUCACUACAGUGGAUCCCAUUCUCUUGUUUAAUGUCAAAUCCCUUGCUCUUACUGUAAUGCUGCUCUGCACGACUUGAGAGAUGAAAUGGGCUACUAUUGAAGUAUAUUUACCAGUAUGUUUGCCAGGGCUGUGUUCAUCCGGAAAACAUACUCUAACUGGGAGGGACUACUUGGAAUUGUUGAAUAGCAAAUGCUCAUUUCAAAAACAAACAUAUUCCGUUCUCCUAAUGUGUACUCAGAUGUAGUCCUAGUGUUUGGUUUUACUAGUCUUAUGGACAGUCAGUGAGUUUUGGUUAGUAAUAUAAGCCUUAUUGUGAGGUAAAGUUGUGCUCUUGCAGUGUCAGUAUGCAUGGCUUUGUGGUUCUAUUACUCUUUUGGAUCACUAAAUAAACCUAAAUAGAAUGCACUGAAUUAUAUUUGUAUUCUGAGCUGCACAAGGACAGUAACCCCCAAUAAACACACAGUCCAUGUUAGACAUGUUUUACUCUGUGUUGGUGUGUGACUGUGCUCUACAGUUCAAUUACUGGAACGGUUCUGUCAUAAGCUUAUCUGGUAUUUGUAGUGUUAUUAUUAGUGCCUUAGUCUGUAGUCCAUACAGCAUCUGGUCUGCUUCUUCUUCUUGUCAGAGCAGUGUAGUUAUUAUCAUUGAGUUGGGCCCAGGGUUUUUACUGUCAUAGCCCAUUUCCAAGACUGUCUGUUCCCUGUUUGGGGGAGAAACACAGGGCCCUUUCCAUGCUUUCUCACUGGUACUAUUGUACAGUCCCAUAAGCUAUGUACCUCCUCCCCAUCGACCUGCCUGCUGCACCCAUGGCCUUGAAGGCAGAGACAAAUGUGUCACUGUGUAAAAAGUACCAUCCGUAUAUGUAUACAAUACGUAUGUAUAUUAUAUAUAUGAAGAAAACACAUUUUUGUACUGCAUUCCGUGGGUAUGUACCAACAUGCUUCUGAACUAUGUACAUAUGACAGAUUGAAGUUGUUUAGGCUGUCAUUCGGUUAUUGUAUGUUACAAGUAAAUCACUGAAGUUUUAUGGAAUUUUUUUUUUCUUCCUCUUUCAAGCCACUGAAUUAGUUUUUGAAUGAUAAUUGUGAUGAGGAUAUUGAGAUUAUAUAGCUGUCACUGUUAAUGUAGUGUGACAUGUUUCAAAGGUUGGGAGAAACUGUUUUUACCUGUAUGUUUGUUCCAUUAUGAAUUAAAUGAUAAUAAAAUGACAAUACUACAAGAUAUGAAGUAAUGACAAACUAUCUGGCAACAAGAAAACAACAUAUUUUUUGUAUUCGCUGAAAAUAAAGGCUUUCAAAGUAAUGUCUU